UGCAGCAGAAGUUAGAGAUUUCGCAAGUCAAGUCCAUUACGAGAACGUGAUUCCGCGAGACCCAGGCCUGAUGGUAUUCUCCAAUAGUCCCAGCCGUGUUUUCUGUGGAGCUCUUUGUUCUACAUACAAAACAUUCUGCAAAACAUUCUUAUAUGACCUGGUUACAAAGCAUUGUUUGCUGUGGGAUAAAACUUUUGAAGAUUCGUGUACAACUGACAUCAUGCCUUCCACCGGGAUCCAAGCAUACGGUUUCAACUUCAUUGGUAGUUGUACACAGCAAGGUUUCUACAUAAGCUACGAUGGCAGAAUGUGCUUCAAGUACUUUUACAGCAGUACUCCACUCCCUAAAGAAACAGUUCUGGCAAAUUGCCAACAGUAUGGAGCCGAACUGCUUUUACUGGAUACUCCACAGAGAAGAAAUUACUUCCUACAAACCAGAACACAAUCAGAGGCAAAUGGUCACGUGGGUCUGAGUGAUAUCCAAGAAGAGGGUGCGUGGGUGUGGGAUAACGGAUGUCCGCUAGAUGGCAAUACAACAAUGAAUAUGUUCGAUAAUGAAGAUGACCGGUAUGGCUGCCCUGCCGCCAAUUGUGUGGCCGCAGUGACACAAACUGGGACAUUAAUAUUUGAAGACUUCUGUUGUGACUCCAUCAAGCACUGGUAUUGUGCUAUUCACUUUUAAAGAAGUUAAAGUAAACUGGUUGACUACUUCUUGUAUAUUUUUUUUAUCAGGAAAAUAUCUAUUAAUUUUUUUAUGUAAUAUGAAAUCAAUGAUAUAUUGCAAAUUUUUUUCAUUUAUUUUGAAAGGUUAGGUUUUAUUACGAUAGAUUAUCGUACAUUUAUGUAAUUGACAAUUAGUACAAAUUUAUCUUACCAUGCUAUAUACAUCAUUUUAAAUUUUUGCAGACUUAGCAACAGUGGAAAUAUUACAAGUUGUCUUACAGUGCGAAAUAAAGGUCAUGACAAUAAAAUCGCUAAGGAACUAGUCGUGUUAGUGUUAUUUCAAAAAAAAAUAUACACGACAAUAACUUUUUGAUUUAAAAGAAUCAAUUUUCUGUAAAGAACUUUAGAAUUUGUUGACUGAGUUUCACCAAUAUUUUAUAAACUUGACCAAAAUGGCACGUGCAAGCCAUUACAACUGUAUACGUUUUUAGAGAACACGUCAACGUGCCCCCAACAGAUUAAAAUCUUUAUAAGAGAUUAGAAAACAUUUCCAAUUUAUUUGCAUUUGUAUAUAAUUCGAAAUUGUC